AUGCCUCCAGAACUAGUACGUGCGCCGUCGCAAGGAAGCAUCGUGUCGCAGACGACUCAGCAGAUGGGUCCUCAUAGCCGUCCAGGGACGGCUGAUCCUAUGCGCGCUCGAUCCGAAACCAUUUCUCGAGCUGUUCGUCGACCUCGCUCGAGAGGGUCGACUGCUAGCAUUCAUUCAAGCACAACACAACAAACCCAGGACCAACAUCUCGAUGCGUUCCCUCAAUUCAUGCCCUCCCAGGUCGGAGGAGGCCAACAUGUCUUUGGUGCCAACCCGGAAGAUAUGCUGAUGCGAUUUGGACAUCAGCUGUCACAUCAACCCAACGGCGCGUCACUAGACCCAAGCGUGCGGGAUGCUCAUUCAAUGGCUUCCCGACCGGACGAUUUCUCUACCCAUGCCAUGCAUGCUCAUACACUGUCGCACCACUCAUUACCGCCAGACAUGCCGCACAGUGCGAUGUCUGCCGUAGGAGUUCCGCAGUAUCAAGCCAUAGGCAUCGGAAGCCGGGGGAAAAAGAAAAGAGGAUCCAGCUCAACGCUUGCAAAUGAUAACGAGUUGCGGAAACUGCUUCGCCAAUAUGAGGGCUACAGCUUGAAACAGAUGGCUGCCGAGGUCAUGAAACAUGAAGGUGCUGGGGGAAAGGCAGAGAAGGUGAAACAAGUAUUCGCCAUGAUCUGGCUACGAGAGAACUGCCGGAAGAGCAAUGGCUCGGUACGACGAGAUAGGGUGUAUUGCUGCUAUGCAGAGAAGUGUGGAACAGAGCGAGUGUCGGUUUUGAAUCCGGCUUCAUUUGGCAAAUUGGUCCGCAUCAUCUUCCCCAAUGUUCAGACACGUCGCCUUGGUGUGCGGGGUGAGUCCAAGUACCACUAUGUCGAUUUGUCGGUCAUCGAGGAAAAGCAACAAAGGCCCGUCCCUCUCAACCCACAAGUUGCUCCGAAUCCCCACCCAGUCCCGACCAGUGUCCCUGAGAGGCCUGACAGUGGCAUGCGUUCAAGGAGCAUUAGCAUUCCCCAGCCCACAGCCGACACAGCAGUCUUCCCAUCACCGACUACCUCAUUCGCACCCCGAUUCCCUACUAAUACUCCUGCCACUGGCUGCAACUGUCAAGGCCAAUCACCCUCUGGCCCCGAUGCUCCAAUCACCACCCAAAAUGUCUCUCAGCAAGCCGGAAAAAUAAUUCAUCAAAUGCUUCAGUUCCCAACAGACGAGGUCCCUGGAAUUGACAACGAAUCUCUUGUCCUCCCCGAUAUUCGCGGCUAUCUCCCAGUCAACACAGACCCAAAGGUUGCCGAAGCCCUUGCCGCUCUCUACCGAUCGCACUGUAUUUCGGUGAUUGAUAGUUUCCGAUUCUGCAAAGAACGAAACCUCUUGAAAUACUUCUCUGCUUUCCACGGCACCUUGACUGUGCCGGUGCAAAAACUCCUCACCCACCCAAACCUUGCCCCUUGGAUCAAGGAAUGCGAUUGGUUGAUGUACCAAAAGAUGAUUGCCUUUGUGGCCCCUCUUACGACCCAGGUGGUCCCCAAACUUGUCUUGGAUGCAUUCCGCUCUAUCUCGCAGCGUCUUUGCGGGCAUAUCGCAGAGACCUUCAAGGCGCAACCCUCACAUGUGUCUAUCGCACGACUGGUUCCUGCUCACAUAUUUUGCAAUCUCCUCAAGCACAUGCUUGAUGUGAACCAGGCCGCCAAUGCGGCUGCUGCUUGGCUCUGCCAUCCUGAUAAUCGCAACCAGAUGUGGUACGAUUUCAAAUCCCUUGUUGACCCCAGGGACAUGAUUCUCAAGGCCAACAUUCCCACUUGUGCCGAACAAGCCACGGAGCAAAUUUUGAAACACGACGUUCGUGCACUUCUCACACCGCUCAAUAAUUCCGAUGCCUCAACUGGUCUUCCCUUCUUCUCUCAACCGGAUGGUCCUGAGGCCAUCGAGGCUCACCAGUUCCCCGUGGAGACUUCGACUGGUGACGAUUACAAUUUCCCUGAUAAAUGGAUUUCAUUCAUCCUGAAUCUGCCUUUGGCUUUCUCCCACCACAGCACUCACUGCGUGAUUGAGAAAAUCGAUGCCCUCUGGGACUCUAUACUUCACCGCCUUACCCUAGGUGGAGCCGCAAGCUUCAGUGCUUGGUGGAUGACCAAGGUGUUCUUCCACGAGAUGAUGGUCUGGCAAGCGGAAAAAGGGGGUUUCAUGAGAAAUACCCCUGGCUCUUUGCAGAGCAUGACUUACGGGUCAGAGCAGGCCUCUAUGGGAAGUUUUCAGCUGAAGCAGAAUGCAGUUCCUGAACCCCCCACCUUCCAGACUGUUCGUGGUGCUCAUUCCAAAACGAAUACUAGUGCAUCCCCGGAUCUUCGUGGGACACGGGAUCAGACUGUUGACGAGGAACCUGAUACCAAGCAUGUCCCUUCUGCCAAAGAGCUGGCUCUCGCAGAUGUGGGGUUUCAAGCCCCGAACAAUGACGACAGCGCGAUUGAUUUGGAAGACGACCCCAUGUUGAUGGCAGUAGGUAAAUAUGGAGAUAUGAUGGCUUCCGACCCUGCCGAUGCCGAGGGCGAUGUGAUAGUCAUCUAG